CCAAAGGAUCAGAAGAUUUCUUGGUGAUACAUGCUCGUGAUGAUUUAACAGCUGUCCAAGGUUCAACUCCAUAUACACACAGCAACCCUGGCACUCCAAUCAAUAUGCCAUGGCUGGGAAGUACACAGACGGGUAGAGGAGCAUCUGUGAUGACUAAGAAAGCCAUUAAUAAUGUCAGAAGAAUGACAUCACAUCCAACACUUCCUUACUAUCUGACAGGUGCUCAAGAUGGGAGUGUCAGAAUGUUUGAAUGGGGCCAUUCUCAGCAAAUAACCUGUUUUCGAUCCGGUGGCAAUCCAAGAAUUACAAGAAUGAGAUUUAACUAUCAGGGAAAUAAGUUUGGAAUUGUUGAUGCUGAUGGAUAUUUAAGUUUGUACCAAACAAACUGGAAAUGUUGUCCAAUUACUGGGAGCAUACCUAAGCCAUAUCUGGCUUGGCAGUGUCAUAACAAAACAGCCAAUGAUUUUGUCUUCGUUAGUUCCUCCUCUCUGAUAGCUACAGCUGGUCUUUCAACUGACAAUAGAAACAUAUGUCUGUGGGAUACUCUAGUAGCACCUGCCAAUAGUUUAGUCCAUGCUUUUACCUGCCAUGAUAGUGGAGCCACAGUCUUAGCAUAUGCUCCCAAACAUCAGCUGCUAAUAUCGGGUGGCAGAAAAGGUUUCACAUGUGUAUUUGACCUUCGACAACGGCAACAGAGGCAGCUUUUUCAGAGCCAUGAUUCCCCUGUUAAAGCCAUUGCUAUUGAUCCAACUGAAGAAUACUUUGUUACAGGAUCUGCAGAAGGCAAUAUAAAGAUUUGGAGUCUUUCUACCUUUAGUCUUCUCCGUACUUUCAUCAAUGAACAUGCUCGACAGUCUAUUUUUAGGAAUAUUGGAACUGGAGUCAUGCAAAUUGAGACAGGACCUGCAAAUCACAUUUUCUCUUGUGGAGCUGAUGGAACAAUGAAAAUGAGGAUACUGCCGGAUCAGUUUAGCCCUUUAAAUGAGGUGUUAAAAAAUGAUGUAAAAUUGAUGCUGUAACAUCUUCACAAGAGGGUGUAUGAUUUAUUAUCUGCUUUGUGAAAGUAGCCAACAGAUGCAUUUCGCAGUAAUCCCCUUUACCAAGGAUAGGCUAAUGCUUUCUGUCCUCAUAUUUAUUUUAUGGAGCUUUGCCCUUGAUGCACUGAUGCCUUAAAAGUUAACAAGUGAGUCAGAGUUAGAUCCUAUUGCCUAACAUAGAAUGUUAGAAUGUAUAAAUAAUGCUGUAUUCAUACUUAUUUAUAGUAUAUUUUAGUAAAUAUGUCAUUGGGUUAAAGGAACUUUGUUUUCUCGUUGUUACACACCCUUCUGCAGACCCCCUUCACAAAUUCUAUUGAUAGUAAAACUCUUUAAGACAGGUGCCGAGAUAAUACUCAUCACUUAUUGACCACACUCUCACUGCUUUAUCACACAGACAUCAUAAUUCUUUUCUUGUUAAUAGUGAGAAGUUUAUAUAUAGGUAAGAUAUCUCCAUUAAAACUGCUAUUGGGACUUACAGUGUAAAAGAGCCAAGGAGUUCAUUAGAGUUUUCCUCGUUCCCUUCUAUAGCCCCAGAUGUGUGUGUGUAAAUGUAUUUAAUUGUAUGUAUAUAUCUGUGCAUAUGUGUAUAUAUGUAUAUAUAUCUUACUUGAUAUUGUAUAUACACAAACAGAAGCUACAAGUCUUUUCAUGUGUUUUGUGCCAUAACACCUACUGCCACAAGUAUAAAACCUUUCUUGUGAUUUUCUUAUAUAAAGUUUUUUUAAUUAUCACUUUAAUUUUCAAAGUCAUUUUUAAGAAGAAUUCCAAGAUUACUAUUUUAAAAGUGUUAAAUAAGUCUUAGUAGGCAAUAAAGAUGUUAUGUGGCACACAGACAUUUACAUUUAUGAAUUUGUCAUCAUUUUGAUGAUCAGAUAUUUUACUUAAAAUUUCAGUUUUCUUUCUUCUUAGAUGAAUUUAGUCUCAAAAUUCUGAAAAUGUAUAGCAGUGUUUUUAGAAACACUGUGAAAGCAGUCAAAUUAAAUAGUAUUUACAAAUGUACAGUGUCCCGCAGAUCUACCAUUGAUAGGAAAUAAACCUUAUAUUUUAUUAUUUUUGCCAAAAUACAUUAUUUUAUUAUAAAAUUUGACCAAAAUAUAUAAAUUUUACAAUGCUUAUAACUAUGAUAACCCUAUUUCUGUCUGUUUCAUGCUAUAUCUUUUCUGAUUCAGAAUUACAAAAACUUGAUAAAUACUUGAUUUUUAGCCAGUGAGAUUGGCAGUAAGUAGAUGGGGAUAAGUUUUAAGGGACAGUUGUAUACUACUUAGCUUAAAUUUAUUUUUAGUUAGAACUGUAAAUGACCAUUUUUUUAUGUAAGGAAAUAUGGAAAACUAUUAGGAAUUAAAAAGUCAAAGCAAAGAAAUGAAGGGCUGGUAAAUGAAUUUUGUAAUAUCCUCAGGAUACUUUUAUUAUAAAAGUAUAUUGUUACAGGUUUUGUAAAUUGUAUUUCAUAAUUUUAAGUAUAGUAAGCAAGUUACAGUGAGAACACUGUCAUUAUAGAGAGUUUAUAUGCACAUAGUAACCUGUACCUAUAAAUUGUGCAAUAACAAUACAUGACUAUUUUGCCAUGGAGAAAUCUGUGACAACAUUGCAAACAAUAUUAUUCUUUGAUGUAGCUAAGUUAUGUUUUAGUAAUCUCUUCACAAAUCAAGAUCCAAAAGGCUUUAAACACUUUCCAUCAGAAAGAAAAUUUAUCAUGUGUAUUAAACAAAAGGCUUUGGGUAUGAACUAUUGAGCAUUCUAAUUGAGGGUUUAUAUGAAUAACCACAACCACAUAUUAUGUAAGCCCGUAUGUAUUUACAUCCAGAGUUAUAUUUUAAAUAAACAAUCAUGUAGUGA